GCAUGGUUCACUCCAAAAGCUCACUCGAUUCCCUUCCCCUACUUCCCACUUAAACCCCUCCACCAACAUAUUUCUAAGUUUCAUGGAUCUCCCCCCUAUAUUAAUAAUAUCCCUCCAUAUUUUAGACAUCCUCAAGUUCCCGAUUGCUGUAAUGUCCACGUCCUCCCACUUGCCCCCAUAAUAUUUCUCCUUAACUAUCCGUUUCCAUAAGCUCUCUACACCAUCCCCAAACCUAAACCACCACUUUCCUAAAAGAGCCCAAUUUUUCCUACGUAGGAUCUGAUGGAGAGAGAGAGUGCUAGGGUUCGAGACAGGUUUCCGACAGCCAGGGACAGCGGCAGUGGUUUCCGGCGGCGGCUUCCAGGAUACGGUAAGCACUUCAUUGGGCAGGCAACGACAUACUUUUUCUAUGAUUUUCCGGUGAAUUAUUCUGCUAAGGAUCUGUGGCAUAGAUUUUGGUCUUUCGGGAAGGUAGCAGAUGUUUAUAUUCCAGAAAGGAGAGAUCGGAGAGGGCGUCGGUUUGGAUUUGUUCGGAUGUCUGAGGUUUCAGAUGCCGAGGGUAUGGAAAGAAAGUUGAAUCAGAUUUGGCUGGGUUCGUAUCGCUUGAAGGUGAAAUUGGCAGGAAACAUGAAGUCUGGGAGGGAAGGGAUGUCCAGAGGACGGCAGCAACAGCAAACAACAGCGAAGUGGUUCAGACGAGAUCGAAAGGUGUCUCCUGGGUUAACAUAUGCACAGAUUGUUGCUGGAAAACUCAAGGCAUCUGAUGAAGGGGAGUCACUGCACCAUGUAGAAGAACAGGUAGCGGUGCAAAGAGUACUGGAAAAGAAAGAGGCUGGGUUUGAAAAACCUGGUGCAAUGUUGAAAGAAUUGGCAGUGAUACCAGUGUCAAUCCCUGAUCAGGCUUCAACGUCAAUAGCGAAUGAUGUCAGUGCAAAUACUUAUGUGCCGAAGGAGUCGAAGGCUAAGUUGGUUCUGCAGUUUUCUCCCAGGGAGGAUGAAGUGGCAUGGUUGAAGCAAAGUAGAGUGGCACUGGUUCGGUCGCUGGAGUUGGUGACGAAAAUACAAAAUAGGCUGGAUGUGGAUGGCUUAUUGGUGAAUGUUGCUCUGCUAGGGGGUAGACAUGUUCUGUUAAUAGAUAAUAUGGAGGGUUGUCUAGAGGAGUUUAUUGAUAAAAAUAACGAGUUGGUGGAGUCUUGGUUCGAAUGGAUACAGCCAACUUCGUUAUUUACUAAGCCAUCGAGAAACAGGUUGGUGUGGCUUCGUUUUAAUGGUGUUCCAUUGCGAGCAUGGAGUGAGAGAUGUUUCUGGGAACUAGCAGCUUUAAUGGGUGAAGUAAUACUAGUUGAUGAUGAUACAAAAUCUAAAUCAUUUUUGUGUGAAGGUCGGGUCUUGGUAUUGUGCGAUGAUGACAGGAAAAUUGCGCAGACAAUCACGUUAAUGGUGGAUGGGGAGUCUUUUCUGAUCAAGGUAUCAGAGGAGGAGUGGCGUAUGGAUCCGGACUGGUGGCUGGCCGGUGAACGGCGGAGCUCCGGUACGAGGUUGGAUGUGUCCGACAUGGAGUCUGAUAAUUCCGAUGACCGUUACAGUGAAGGUGGGGAGAGAGCAGUUAUGGCCGAAGAUGGUGCAGAAACGGACGUAGAAUCAAAUCUGAGUUUAAAACAGAAUUUGGUUCAAAAUUUUGAAUUAAAUGGGCUGGAGAUGGAUGGGCUGGGUAAUGUGGGCUCGGUUGGGCCAAGGGAUUGUGAGGCUGAGGAGCUGGGUGUAGAAAAUGGGUCUUGUGAGGGGAUUAGGCCUGCUGGAGUGCCACAGACAGGAGCUGCUUUGUCGGCUAAAAAAUGCAAGAAAUUAGGGGACAUUUAUGCCGGGGUUGGGGUUGCGGAGGAAACGAGGGAGAUGGGGCUGCAGUGGGUGACGGGAAGAACCAAAUGUAGGAAGGAAAGAAGGGAAAUAGCAAGACAAUCGGAGCAGGGGACGGAAUCAUGGAAAGCUGGUUUAUCUUUGUCGGAUGGCUGCAUCCAAAAUCGGAACAAUCUUAUCCGGCAGCAACUGGAGUUGGACGAGGUACGAAGGCUGUUUGGGUUGGGGAAAAGAUUGGGGAUCCAAUGUCAGAAUAAUGAGGAGGAGUUUAUUUCUUUUAAUGUUAGGGGAUUGGGUAGUGGGUUGAAAAGGAGGGAGAUUCUUAAGUUAGUUAAGAAGGAGAAUCCAGAUUUUUUGUUGCUUCAAGAAACUAAAUUGGAAGAGGUUGAGGAGUCUUUGUGUCGGGCAUUGUGGAACUCAGAAAAUUUUGAUUGGGUUAUGCAAAAAUCAAUGGGUAACUCAGGGGGCUUGUUGUGCAUUUGGAAUAAAAGCUGUUUUAGUAAACAAUGUGUGAUAGAGGGGAGCGGCUUCAUUGGGGUUUCGGGCGAAUGGGGUAAGGAGAGGAAAAAAUGUAAUGUAAUUAAUGUGUACGCUCCUUGUGAUAGGCAGAGGAAGGUUUUGUUGUGGGAGGAAAUUGCUGGACGAGUUUUAGAAGAGGGUGGUUGUUGGCUGUUAGCAGGUGACUUUAACGCUGUCCGGAAUGUAUCAGAACGAAAGGGUAAAAUGAAGGAGACGCAGGAUAUGCAAGAUUUUAAUCACUUUGUGGAAAGCACGGGAUUAAUUGACGUUUGCUUGCGAAAUAGAAAGUUUACCUGGUAUAGACCGGAUGGAUCCUCCAUGAGUAGAAUUGAUAGAUUUUUGAUGUCUACAGAAAUGAGUUUAAUGGCCACGGAUUGGGUUCAAGAAGGUGUGGCAAGGUCAGUUUCUGAUCAUUGUGCAAUAAUUCUGAAGGCAAGGAAUGCAGAUUGGGGUCCAAAGCCUUUUCGGGUAAUGGACGCAUGGCAACAACACCCAGAUUUCAGAAAUUUUGUAGAUGAUAAGUGGACAGCUUUGCAAGUUGAAGGAUGGGCGGCUUAUAAAUGCAAGCAGAAGCUGAAGUUAAUGAAGGAUGAAUGUAAAAGGUGGAAUAAGGAAGUUUUCGGUAAUGUGGAGACUCGAUGGGGGAUAUUAUCAAAGGAAAUUGAAGCACUGGAUAUAAAAAGUGAAGAGAUUGAAUUAGAUGAGAAUGAGGUGUUAUUCCGAAAGGAGUGUUUUCAGGAGAUGUGGGACAUUUCGAGGAAAAGAGAGGCUAUGUGGAAGCAGAAGGCUAGAAACAAUUGGAUUCGUCUUGGAGAUGCAAAUACCGCUUUUUUCCAUAGGAGCGUUCAGGCACGGAGGGCACAAAAUGCAAUUUCAGGGAUCUUAGGAGAGGAUGGGUGGGUCGAGGAGCCAACUAGGGUGAAAGAGGAGGCAGUGAGGUAUUUUAGUCAGUUGUUUCAGAAUGAACAGUGGAAACGGCCAGUGUUGGGAGGAGUUCAUUUCAACAGAAUUUCAGUUGCACAAAGAGAGUGGCUGGAAAGACCUUUUUCAGUAGAGGAGAUUGAAGAGGGAUUACAAAGCUGUGAUGGGGCGAAGGCGCCAGGACCAGAUGGGUACAAUUUCAAUUUUAUAAAAUUUGCAUGGAGCACUUUAAAAGAGGAUUUUGUGAAGUUUUUGUUGGAAUUUCACCAACAUGGGAGGUUAGUAAAAGGUUUAAAUUCCUCUUUUUUGGCUUUAAUUCCUAAAAAGGUAAAUCCAGUGCAUUUUAAGGAGUAUAGACCCAUUAGCUUGAUUGGCUGUUUAUACAAAUUACUGGCAAAAAUACUGGCGAAUCGACUAAAAAUGGUGAUGGCAGAUAUCAUUAGUGAUUCACAGUCAGCCUUUGUUGGUGGUCGGCAGCUAGUAGAUAGUGUGCUGAUCUUGAACGAGGUGGUAGAUGAGGUGAAACAGCGAAGACAAGAGAGUUUUAUCUUUAAGGCGGAUUUUGAGAAAGCUUAUGAUUGUGUGGAUUGGAAAUUCCUUGAUUGGAUGAUGGAACAAAUGGGGUUUGGAAUUAGGUGGAGAAAGUGGAUUUAUGAAUGUCUUUCGACAACUCGGAUAUCUAUUUUAAUAAAUGGAAGUCCGACAAAGGAGUUCGCGGUUGGCAAGGGUCUUCGUCAAGGAGAUCCAUUGUCCCCAUUUUUGUUUCUGUUAGUGGGUGAAGGGUUGUGUGGUAUGGUUAGAAAAGCAGAGGCAGAAGGGCUUUUUAGAGGAGUCAAGAUUGGAGAGGGGGGUAUGGUGGUGUCUUUGUUACAGUUUGCGGAUGAUACUGUUUUUAUGGGAAAGGCAGACGCAGAAAAUUUAAGGACAGUGAAGGCUAUUCUACACUGGUUCGAAUUAAUUUCGGGAUUGAAGAUCAAUUUUUGCAAGAGCCAUUUAUACGGGUUUAAUGUUACAGAUGGGUGGUUAAAUGGUGCAGCUGAUAUUUUGCAUUGUAAGCUAGGAGCGAUGCCUUUUAUUUACCUUGGCUUGCCAGUUGGAGGAAGGCCGGGGAGGAAAAAGUUUUGGGUUUCUGUGCUGGACCGUUUUCGAAAUAAGCUUGCCGCCUGGAAACGUUCACUGCUGUCCUUUGGAGGUCGAAUUACCUUGCUCAACUCGGUACUUUCUGCUCUUCCUAUUUUUUAUUUGUCGUUAUUUAAAAUUCCAAAAUGUGUUCUUGUUGAGUUAGUUAAGAUUCAGAGGGAUUUCUUUUGGGGUGGAGCAAAUUUGGAGAGGAAAAUUGCAUGGGUAAGCUGGGAUCAUAUUUGUGUGGAAAAGGAGAGAGGGGGUUUAGGAGUGGAUGAUUUAAAGAGGAGAAAUUGGGCUUUAUUGGGUAAGUGGUGGUGUAGGUUAGGUGAUGGUGUAGGGGGAUUAUGGAAGAGAGUGAUCUGGGAAAAGUAUUAUGGGGGUCGAGAGGAGGUUGAUAUUACUUCUUUCAGCUCCAUGCAUAUGUCUCGAGUGUGGAAGGACAUUGUGGGUGUUGGAAGUGGGUCGGAGAGGGUGGGUGUAAUGCUAGGAAAAGGCUUUAAAUGGGAGAUUGGUGAUGGAAGCCGAGUGGUUUUUUGGGAUGAUAGGUGGGUUGGGGAUAGACCGUUAAAGGAUUUAUUUCCGAGAUUGUAUGCGUUAUCGUUGACCAAGGGGGGGCUUUUGAAGGAUAUGGGUUUUUGGAGUGAGGGUACAUGGGUAUGGGAUUGUAGAUGGCGACGAAGCUGUUCCGGGAGGGUUGGUGAGGAGGAAGAAAGGUUUAGGGAGAUUAUUAAUAGGAUCAAGGUAAAGGAGAAUAAAGAUGAUUUAUGGAGAUGGGUUCAUAGCACUGAUGGUGGUUAUUCUGUUAAGGAUGCAUAUGGUUUUUUAGCUCCUAAGGAUGAUCUUUUGGAUGCGAAAUGGGUGAGAAUAAUUUGGUAUAGCGAAGCAGCUUUCCAGACAGCGAGUUUGGCUCGGAAUUUAUUUAUCAGUGGCUCCCAUAACUUCUUUCUCCUAGGAUUUCCAUCAAUGGCCAUACCAAGAGAUUACUAGGAAGCAUUAGUGCUACUGGAGGAAUUUAGCAUUAUGCAACAUAUUGGUGAUAAUUGAAAUCAUUGACGUAUACCACCUUGCUAAAUUCCUUGAUUGCUAGAAUAAUUCAGCAAAAAUCAAUAAAGUUUAGCAACGUGUGCUACGUUGUUGAUAGUGCUUUUAGCAACAUACUUUGUGUUGCUAAUUGUCAAGUGCUCAAAAGACAUAAAAUUGGCACUAUUUA